GCUCCCACCAGCGCAGAGCACAGCCUGCAAGGAUGGGGGCCAGACUGCUGUGCCUGUGCCUCCUCACAGCCCUGCUCGGCUACUACAUCUACAGCCCCGUCCCCGAGGACAUAGCCCAGCCCUGGACCGUGAUGCUCGCCUCGUCUGCCUUGAGGAUCCUGGGGCACCUGUCCGAGGCAGCUGAUGUGCUGGGGCUCAAGCACUACAUGGAGGUCUUGAGGCUGUUCACAGAUGCCCAGCUCGUCCCUCCCACGUCCGAUGAAAACGUCACCGUGACGGAGACGGAGUUCAACGGCGUCCCUGUCCGCCUCUACCUGCCCAGGAGGGCCCCUGGCGGGCUCAGGAGGGCCAUGGUCUACAUCCACGGAGGGGGAUGGUGCCUGGGAGAUGCAGGCAUGCAAGGCUACGAUCUCAUGGCACGGCACAUUUCAAACGAGCUAAACGCUGUCGUGGUGUCAACCAACUACAGGCUGGCCCCUCCGCACCAUUUCCCCGCGCAGUUUGAAGAUGUGUACUCGGUGACCAAGUUCUUCCUGCAGAGCAAGGUCCUGGCCCAGUAUGGGGUGGACCCUGCUCGGGUCUGCGUGGCCGGGGACAGCGCCGGGGGCAACCUGGCUGCGGCCGUGGCACAGGAGCUGCUGGAGGACCCUGAAGUGCAGACGCAGCUCAAAGCCCAGGUUCUGAUCUACCCUGCCCUGCAGGCGCUGGACCUGGACCUGCCGUCCUACCGGGACAACGCGCACAAGCCGGCGCUGCCGCCCCCCCCCCCGUCGCCGCUGCUGGCCAGCGAGGCCCGGCUGCGCCGCCUGCCCGCCGCCUUCGUGCUGACCUGCGAGCACGACGUGCUGCGGGACGACGGCGCCAUGUACGUGGGCCGGCUGCGCGCCGCUGGGGUCCCUGUCACACACCACCAUGCCAAGGACGGCUUCCAUGGCGCCUUCAGCUUCCUGGCCUGGCCGCUGGAUCUGGCCCUGAGCCACCGCCUGCUCAGCACCUGCGUGGGCUGGCUGAGGGAGAACCUGUGAGGGGAGCGGGGGGCUCUGCUCGGCCCUCAGGGCCCAGUGCUGGGCUGUGGAGCUCUGCUGGGCUCUGCGCAGACCUCAGUGCCCAGUGCUGGGCUGUG